CAAAAAGCGACAAGAAAUGAUUUGCGAUGCAGACUUUGUGCUCUUGGAUGGAAAUCUCCCAACUGAAACAAUUCGAAUCGCUGUGGAGAUUGCUGAUUUUUACGGUACUAAAGUUUGGUAUGAGCCAACCGAUACGGCAAAGAUGCGAAAGAUUUUCGAUGCAAAUGUUGCUGAUAAAAUUGACAUAACAUCACCAAAUUUCAAUGAAUUCAACGUCUAUUGUCAACUAAUCAACCGAAAAUUACCAGAGGAGAUCUUGACCGAGUGGAAAACCAACGAAAUGUUCGAUUAUAUUUCGGAAAAUGCCGAUGCGUAUUUGCGAACGUUGGAAACACUUAUAGUGACUGUUGGACCGAAAGGAUCGAUUGUUUUGAAACGAGAUUCUGAUCGCAUAACCCGACAUCUACUCUACGCACCGCUAGAGCCUGAUGCUGUGGUUUCUGCGUCUGGUGCUGGAGAUUGGUAA